AUGGCCCCUCUUAUCUGGCUCAUUACUGGCAGCACCUCGGGGAUUGGUGCGGCUCUUGUUGACCACAUCGUCUCCCGUGGAGACAAAGUCAUCGCUUCAGGGCGUCGAGUAGAAGAACGCAUCGGCAAUCUCAAAUCUGAGAACGUUGCCCUUCUAGAGUUGGACAUUACCGCCGACAGCUCAACGAUAAAGGCCCAGAUCGGGAGAGCCUGGGAAACCUUUGGGCACAUCGAUGUCGUGGUGAAUAACGCCGGGAUGUCCUCUAUGAAGAGUGCCGAGGAGGCUGAUGAUGAAUACGUCAACAACAUGUUCCAAGUCAACCUGUUUGGACACAUGCGCGUGACCCGCGCCGUCCUCCCCCUCCUCCGAUCUCAAGGCCACGGAUGCAUCGCGUUUACAUCCUCAAGCACAGCGUGGACUUCUCAGCCGUUCCUCUCCCACUACGCAGCGUCCAAGGCCGCCUUGAGUGCAUAUGUCGAAGCCUUGCACAAGGAAAUCCGACCAUUGAAUCUCCGCUGUGUCGCGUUCGAAUGCGGAGGGUUCCCGACUCAUCUCGGCCAGCCACGCAGUGAGGGAGAGGCAGGAUUCGGGAAUAACGGGCCAUCCAUCCAGGGCUAUGAGCCUCUGUUCAACAAUUUGGUCGGACAUUACGUUGCAAAUCCCAUGGCGCACAUGCCUGGCGAUUUGGCAAAAGCAUCGGCGAGAAUGGUGGACAUUAUCAAAAGAGAGGGUGUAGCGGCCGGCCGAUCGUGGGCGGUGCGGGUUGCCCUAGGGUCCGAUGGAAUGGGCUCCGCACGUCAGAAGUGCGAGGAAAUGCUGAAGCUGCUCGAUCAAUGGGAGGAUGUUUCGGUGAGCACUGAUAGAGACGGCCAAGAGGCGGUGGCGACCAAGGAAAUGUUUGAGUUUACGACGAUUAUCGAGAAGUAG